AUGAAAGAAGCUAUUUUCUUUGUUGCUAUUUGGUUUUCACUCGUUGGUUACUGUUAUUCAACACCUAAAAAGCCGUAUUAUUGGACAACAAGGAAGUUUAUUUGUAACACUAUUCAUGGCCACGAUGUAUCAAGAUGUGCCUUGCAUAUGUCCGAUCGAAAAGUUGAAUUAAAUCCUGGAUGCCACGAGGAGCUUAAGGAGGUGGCAGAAAAUAAUCAAACAAGAAUUUAUUGUCGUAUUAUGUGCGAGGAGUCUAAUGACAUAACGAUAUUGAACAAAAUUCCAACAUGGAACCAUGUUUGCAAUAUUUUUUAUAAUUAUCAGCUGGAGCGUCAUCGUGAAGACUGGUAUCUUUGGAGAUCAGGCGAUUGUCUCAAUACGACAAUAACAUUUGAGAUUCGCUGUGGUUUCGCAAGAGAUCCAAGAAUAUUCUACCGCGAAAAUACCAAGUUAUUCGAAUACGAUGAUGCUGUUGAUGACAGAAAUAAUAAAAUUAAAAAAAUAAAAACACGCAAUUAA